CAUCAAGCGGCGGCUCCGGCACCCCCUUUCUUUGACCCCCGCCCCUGUUCCGCGGCCAUGCACCCGGUAGAUGUGGCUUGCCCUGGUGCAGCGCAACACCUGAUUUUGGCAAGGUGACCGUACUGGCUGCUAGAGUAAGCUGAAUGUCCCAGCCUGGGUAGGGGACAGAGACAGGACCUGAUGUCCGAGGCCAUGGACCAGACAGCCGGGGGACCUGGAUACCCAGCGCCAGGAGAAGGUGCUGAUGGCAGCAUGGAGCCCAGCAGCUGCCAGGAGCUUCUGCACCGACUGCGAGAGCUCGAGGCAGAAAACUCUGCACUUGCCCAGGCCAACGAGAACCAGCGGGAGACUUACGAGCGCUGUCUGGAUGAGGUUGCCAACCACGUGGUGCAGGCACUGCUGAACCAGAAGGACCUUCGGGAAGAGUGCAUCAAGCUGAAAAAGAGAGUGUUUGACCUGGAACGACAGAACCAGAUGCUGAGCGCCCUUUUUCAACAGAAACUCCAGUUCACAACAGGCUCCCUCCCCCAGAUCUCACUCACUCCGCUCCAGCCACCCUCAGAGCCACCAGCCUCCCCCUCCCUGGGUACCGCCGAGGGACCGGCCACCUUGCUGCCUCUGGGACAUUGUUCUGGGCAGAGAGAGGUGUGUUGGGAACAGCAGCUGCGACCAGGAGGCCCAGGGCCCCCCGCUGCCCCACCCCCAGCAUUGGAUGCCCUCUCACCAUUCCUUCGGAAGAAAGCCCAGAUUCUGGAGGUGCUUCGAGCCCUGGAAGAGACUGACCCCUUGCUCCUGUGCUCACCUGCCACCCCCUGGCAUCCUCCAGGCCAUGGGCCUGGCUCCCCUGAACCCAUCAAUGGCGAGUUAUGUGGGCCCCCCCAGGCUGAACCCUCGCCCUGGGGGUCCUACCUGCUAGUUGGCCCUGGUAGCUUGGGAGGCCUGCUGCACUGGGAUCGCCUCUUGGCAGGCCCAGGGGAGGAAGAGAGUUCUAGGCGGCCUUGGGGCCCUAAUAGUGCCCCACCACAGGCCCAAGGCACACAUUGCACACCAGGCAGCAGCUCCUCUUCCUCUUCUGAUGAGGCAGGUGACCCUAAUGAAGCCCCUAGCCCCGACACCCUGCUGGGUGCUCUGGCUCGAAAGCAGUUGAACUUGGGCCAGCUCCUUGAGGACACAGAGACUUACCUACAGGCCUUUCUGGCCGGAGCUGCAGGCCCACUCAAUGGGGACCACCCUGGUCUCGGGCAGCCAUCCUCCCCAGAUCAGGGGCCCCCACAGCUAUCCAAGUCUAAAGGUCUCCUGAAGUCAGCUUGGGGUGGGGGUGCCCCAGAGGCCCACAGACUGGGCUUUGGUGCUACCUCAGAGGGCCAGGGGCCCCUCCCCUUCCUCAGCGUGUUUGUAGGGACAGAGGAUGCCCCACCGGGCUCACAGCCUGACCACGCCCACUCAUCUCAGGUGAAAAGCAAGCUCCAUAUGGGGCCCCCUUCUCCUGGGGAAGCCCAGGGACCCCUUCUUCCCUCUCCAGCCCGAAGUCUCAAGUUUCUCAAGCUGCCUCCAGCCUCAGAGAAAGUCCCUAGUCCAGGUGGCCCCCAACUCAGUCCCCAGCUUCCCCGCAACUCAAGAAUCCCCUGUCGCAACAGUGGCUCAGAUGGCAGCCCCUCCCCACUGCUGGCCCGCAGAGGUCUGGGUGGAGAGCUGUCGCCAGAGGGGGCACAGGUCCUGGCCACCAGCCCUUCACCCUGCCCCACAACCCCAGACUCUGCACAGCUCAGACCCCCCCAGUCAGCCUUGUCCACCACACUGUCCCCAGGGCCAGUGGCAUCUCCCUGCUAUGAGAACAUCCUGGACCUGUCCCGGAGCACCUUUAGAGGGUCUUCCCCAGAGCCACCUCCCUCCCCACUGCAGGUGCCCACCUACCCACAGCUGGCUCUAGAGGUACCGCAGGCCCCAGAGGGCCUCAGAAGCCCUAGAGUUUCCCCCAGCCCUUGCCUCUCAGAAUCUUUCCCCUUUGGGAGCCCCCAGGAGAAGAGUUCUGACAAGGCAGGCUCGGAGUCUCCCCACCCUGGCCGCAGGACCCCAGGCAGCUCAUCCAAGAAGCCUGGCCAGGGGUCAGGGCGGCGAGCUGGGGAUCCUGGCUACACACCUCUGCGGGACAGACUGGCAGCUCUGGGGAAGCUCAAGACAGGCCCUGAGGGGCCCCUGUGUCUAGAGAAAAAUGGAGUGCCAGCCAGGCCAGGCACUGAGAAGGCCCGGGGGCCCAGCAGGUCAGGAGAGAAUACUGGAGACCUGGUUCCCCCUGCCACUCGACCCCUUGAGCAGCCAGAGGCUAAGGGAGCUCUGCGUGGGGCAGGGGCCUUAGGCACAAGCAGCCUAAAGCAACAGGACCCUGGACUUGGGGACCCCGGGGCCCGAGUCUACUCCUCCCACUCCAUGGGGGCCCGUGUGGACCUAGAGCCUAUCUCACCAAGGAGCUGCCUCACCAAAGUGGAGCUGGCCAAGAGUCGGCUGGCAGGGGCCCUGUGCCCCCAGGUGCCCCGCACCCCUGCAAAAGUGCCCCCCUCCGCCCCUAGCCUUGGCAAAUCCAGCAAAAGCCCUCACAGCAGCCCUACAAAACUACCUUCCAAGUCGCCCACCAAGGUGGUGCCCCGGUCCGGGCCCUCCCCAGUCAACAAGGAGCCCACCAAGCCUGACAAGGGAAAAGGCUCAUCUUGGGCAGAUUGUAGCAGCACCACAGGGCAACCCACAUCCCUGAUACCUGGCACCCCCGACUCGAGCCAGGUGCCCGAGGGCUCAACCCCACACUCUGCCAUCGAGGAGAAGGUGAUGAAGGGCAUCGAGGAGAACGUGCUGCGGCUCCAGGGCCAGGAACGGGCACCAGCCUCUGAGGCCAAGCACCGCAGCACCAGCAGCAUUGCUAGCUGGUUUGGCCUUAAGAAGAGCAAGCUACCAGCACUGAACCGGCGCACAGAGGCCACCAAGAGCAAGGAAGGAGCCAGCGGGGGCUCCCCACUCCGGAAGGAGGUCAAGGUGGAAGCCCGCAAGCUGGAGGCUGAGAGCCUCAAUAUCUCCAAGCUGAUGGCUAAGGCGGAAGACCUGCGCCGAGCGCUGGAGGAGGAGAAGGCCUACCUGAGCAGCAGAACCCGCCCGCGGCCUGGGGGCCCAGCCACAGGACCGGGGCCCGGUCUGGGACAGGUGCAGGGCCAGCUGGCUGGCAUGUACCAUGGUGCAGACACCUUUAUGCAGCAGCUGCUCAACAGGGUGGAUGGUAAGGAGUUGCCACCAAAGAGUUGGCGGGAGACUAAGCCUGAGUAUGGGGAUUUCCAGCCAGCAUCCUCUGACCCGAAGAGCCCCUGGUCAGCUUGUGGGCCCCGGAAUGGCCUGGUGGGCCCACCUCCGGGCUGUGGAAAACCUCCUGGAAAGCCGAGCAGCGAGCCAGGGAGGCAGGAAGAGAUACCCUCGGAGGACAGCCUGGCAGAGCCGGUGCCCACCUCACACUUCACAGCCUGUGGCUCUUUGACGCGAACUUUGGACAGUGGCAUUGGGACCUUCCCACCGCCUGACCAUGGCAGCAGUGGGACUCCCAGCAAGAAUCUUCCCAAGGCCAAGCCACCACGGCUAGAGCCCCCACCGGGGGUGCCCCCAGCCCGACCCCCAGCCCUUACCAAAGUCCCCCGUCGAGCCCACACCCUGGAGCGGGAGGUGCCCGGCCUAGAGGAAUUGUUGGUGAGUGGGCGGCACCCCAGCAUGCCAGCCUUCCCCGCGCUGCUCACCGCUCCUCCCAGCCACCGGGGCCAUCUGACCUGUCCUGAUGAUCCCUGUGAAGACCCAGGCCCUCCCCCUGCUGUCCAGCUGGCCAAGAACUGGACAUUCCCGAAUACCAGGGCAGCUAGCAGCUCCUCCGACCCUUUCUUGUGCCCACCCCGACAACUGGAGGGGCUGCCCAGGACCCCCAUGGCCCUGCCUGUGGACCGGAAGCAGAGCCUGGAGCCCAGCUGCCCACCCCCUACACCCCAAGGCCCAGUAUUUGGGGGCAGUCGCACCCCCAGCACAUCGGACAUGGGCGAGGAAGGCAGAGUGGCCAGUAGGGGUGCUCCAGGGUUGGAGACCUCGGAAUCCCUCAGCGACUCGCUCUAUGACUCACUCUCCUCCUGUGGGAGUCAGGGCUGAGGGGUGGGCAGCACGCACCACGGCCCCCCUGCAGCUGGGGUGCACAGUCUGGGCUGUUCUCUUCAUGCCCCGCCCCUCAAGGCCAGUGGGGCCCUCCUUGAAGGGACCAAGGAGGCAGCUGGAUAAGAAGGUACAGGAGUCCUUGGCACACCCCACUGCCCACCGCCGCUGUGGCUGGAGAUGACUGCACUCAGCUCAGGGAGACACUCCCUCCCCGCUCCCUUCGCUCAUCCAGAGUAAGGCUCUUCCUCUAAGGGACCUAGGGGGUCAAGACCAUGUGUCCCAGCCCCCAGCUCCCACUUAGGCUGAGCCAUCUUGUGGUGCUGGGCUUCUUGCCCACCAGCUGUGCCAUCUCUGCCCAACCUGGCUGCUCCUGUCCCAAAGCCCCCAUGGGGCUGUUCUGAAGGCCCCAUUGGUGGACUUCAGGGUAAGGAGGACAAGUUGCCUUCUCUCUGCCCAGUCCUCCGGCUGUCUGAAUGGUGCUGCCCUCCCCUACCCCAUACCCUUGGGGUCUGUUGUGGUUUUUUUUUGGAUUUUGUUUUUGUUUUUAUAUAAAAGCGCCUGGCUCAGUCCCCACUUCCCAGCCCGUACUGCGGUUAAUUUAUCUGGCUGCUCUGCUUCCAGCCUCUGCUUCCGCCAUUACCCUAAUAAAACAUGGAAACACCUCCCGACUCUGA